AGUAUUUCUUUAUUCAAAUUGUGAAGGAUCAGGUUUAAUUCUGUUUAAUCUACUUGCAAAUAGAUCCUUAAACGUCUUCAUUCUUCUUGUCGUUCUCCCAUAUUGCUUGCUGUUUUUUUUUCUUGUUUGCUAUGAUAACGUUAGCUCGGGCUUGUGAGUUGGUGUAAGCUAGCGGAAGAGAGUGUAAACAAAUGACUGAUGGGAAAUUGGAGGAGCUAAUGUCUGUGCCAACAGUCCCGCCAACAAACCAGAUUCAAUAUCUAUCCUCCUGCUGCGCUGCAGAAAAUAUGUCUUAAAAAACGACACAGGCUUUUUGACUUUUGCCAAACACUCCAUAAUCAUCAUUAAAAAGACCACUUGGAAGGAUUUUACAAUAGAAAAAAUAUAGUUGGAGUAGGACUUCAAUCGCAGAGUGUUUUAGUUGGUGUGAAUUCUGCUUAAAGUAAACAGUGAUACUUUGGUGCGUACCACAUCUGGGAUUAAAAAAAACAGUAAAAAACUACAAUUUUUAAGAUAUUUAUGCUUGGUUUACUUUAGACAAAAGGUAGACAUGAAUAACUUUAAAUUUCAAUGAAGUUUCAAUGGGAUUUCAAUGAAAAAUCUAAAUCCACUGAACUACUCAUAGCUCAUCUCUUUUUGCAAAUCAACCUCUAGUGUCUACAAAUCAAUAGCACAAAGAAAGCUUUAUUGCUGUUAAUUUCAUUAAGAACAAAACCUGGUUUCAGUAAUUAGCUGGCAAAUGUACAAAGAGCAAAUACAUUUUGAAAGCAAUAAAACUCAUAAGUAAUCAUUUUUUCUGCUAAUUCCUCACAUUUUUAAAUCACAAAUAGUUUACAGCAAUUAAUUAACAUAAUUAUUAUUAACAUAUUUUGAAUCAGCCUCAAAGGAAAACUGUGUACAAGGGUGAUGGGAUUUCCAUUACACGGAUGUCGGUGAACACGUACUGCUAUUCUGUGAGGGAGGAAACUCUGCUGUAACAUAAGAGCGCCACUAAGACUAAAAGGCGUGACAUGCACAUGGUUGGAAGGGUGGAGAAAUGACCGAUUAUGGAGAUGUCAACAAAGCGUCAGCUUCAGACACCGGAGAACCUUCUCUGUAGAAGUAAAGCUGAUAGAGCUCAUGAACUGUCACGCAUUAAACGGUUUAAACUUCAAACUUGCUAUGCUACAUCCCUUGAUAAAUUCUUCUGUAUUAAUUUCUUACAAAAAAGACUGUAAUUUUCUAAAAUAUUUUGAUAGAAAACACAAAAGCUCCACCUAUGAGAUCUUUUGAAGGUCUUUCAAGUUUCAUUUAUGACUGGUCUCUAACCUACAAGGAAGAAAAAAGAAAGCGUGGAUAAUGUUAUGUUAUUAACUUUAAUUGAUAACCAGAGUUGCUGUUUAUUGGUUUAAUAUGAAAGAUUUAACAGUACAAUCCUCCACUGAUGUAAGCGGGAAUACUAGAUCUGCUUGUUGUAGUUCUGUGUUCUCUCAAAGGCCCACAGCCGGCCGGGGUCAGUCCCCCUCCAUAACAGGCAAUGGAGAUUCUGACGUUGGUGGCCAGCCCUCCUUUUCAGCAGCUGACCCCCUACGUCAUGUGUAGCUCUCAAUAUGAAAAGCGUGUGAUUGUUUUCCGAGUGAGACUGUGUGCAUAGAUAGAAAACUGGUACUAUAUAUCCAUCCGUGGAGCUUCAUGAAGGACCAUUUCUCCACUGAACCCAGAGGACGAUAGUGGAUUUUACUUUUUCUUGUCCAGCAUGGAGGUAAGAAACAAGAUUUAUUCUUAACAAAGUUGUUUUAACUGUGUGUUAAGCUACUAUUCACAGGUUAACAAUAGCUGAUUUUCAUUGGUUUAAUUCAGUUGUAAGUUAGCCUUAAAAGAUGGAUUUUAUUUUGUAACUGUUGGCUAUGAAUGCAAAACAACAAACUGGCAAAUCAAAAUGAUUGUUUCUGUACUGUUUAGUAGGAUACAUUUAAAAUAUAGAGGCAUGGUAUCCUCAAUAAUUCAGUGCAACAAUCUAGUUUCUGUAAGGCAGACAUUCUAUGCAACAAAAACAAAAUUCAGUAACCAAUAAAAUCCACAGACAACAGCAACUACGGAAACUAUUGCAAUCAUGAACCUUUGACUGUUAAUUGUAUGCCUGUUCUGCAUCUAUUGUCACCAAUAUGCUUUAGAAGCAUCAUGACAAGCUUUUGUUAAUUUGGAUCUCUUUUAUUAUAACAGCAUCAAUUGUUUGGAAUCACACUAACAGCCAAAGAGAGAACUGCUCUAACUCUUAAUAAUUGCUGUACAACAUUUAAUUGCUUUUCAGUUAUCACAUGUUUCGUAAGUAGAUUUAUUGUGUCUCUUUAAGAUUCUAAAAAAAUAGCAAAGAUGAUGUUUAAGUUAUAAUGUAAUGCCAUUAUACAGUUAAAUUAAUUCAUAACUAAUAGAGGUGGUUAAAUUUUAGAUGGAGAUUGAUGCUUUUUUUCACAUACUUUGUUAUUUUGACUCUCCAGGUGGCACCCUGUGCACCACAUGUUGACCUCCAUGCAACAUCCUUGUUAAAACACCUAAAUCUUCAGAGGGAACAAGCUCAGUUUUGUGAUUGUGUUCUCAGACAGAGACAAGGCUCAGGUCAGCUUUAUCCAGCACACAGGUGUCUUCUAGCAGCUUCAAGUCCAGUAUUAGCAUCCAUAGUGUCCUCUUCUGGCGUCCUGGUGGAACUGCAGGAUCCACGUCUGCCAGAUUCUGUACUUGCUCAUCUUCUUGAUUACAUUUACACUGGAGUUUUGCCAGACAGGCAAGAGCAAUACUCCAGACUGCUCGCUGCUGCCAUCUAUCUGGAGAUGAAUGAACUGCAGGACGCUCUAACAGCAUUUUGGAAAAAGACUGAGGGCAAUGGCGCAAGUGAUCGAAGUUUUUGUCACGGAGCGAAAAUAUAUGAAAACACCCAUAUGGAAGCUCUGAGGAUCAACAAUGAUCCUCAACCAUCAGCCUUCACUGAAUCUCUUAUAGGAUCCAAAGAAACAAGUGGCCAUGAUUCUGCCAAUGUGGAGAUGUUUGAAGGGUGCAGCCAAAGAAAUUACAUUAAAUCAAAGGAUUUAACACAAAAUAUAUCUUGCAAUGCUGGAAUUAAAUCCUGGAAGAGGAGCACAGAUAAAGAUUUGCUGAAAACAUCUGACAAGUGGAUCAGUUCUUCAGUGUCACAUCCACGCUAUGGUGCAGUCCCUGUCAUCUGCCACAGCAGCAGAGCUGAUGUCCUCCGGCUGGCUGAUUCACCUUUAUCUCCUUACUUUCCAGCAGCCAGCUGCAAAGUACCUGCCUCACACUCGACUAAUGGAUACAAACGGAGCACAGGUGAAUGUGUUACUGGUAAACAUACAUACCAGAAUGAACAGAAUCAGGAAACCGUAUACAACGAAAAGAACAUCGCAAGCACCAAUCCUCUUGUUACUGAUCAGGUUUUCACUAUUGUUGGAACAGAUCAGGGAAUAACAAGUUUUUCUACUAAUACGGGCUGUAAUGAUCAUGAUCAUUCUGAUUUACUGCAGCUUAAUCCAAAAUUCCACAUAGGCCAUUUGGCUUCAGUAAAGACCGGUUUGAAUCAAGGAAUAAAGCACAAAACUGAUGAGGAUUUUGGGGAUUUCCCCUCCAAACAUCAACAUUUAGACCUCUAUAAUAUUGACGUCUCUCCGACAACGAAUGCAGUGGAGGGGCAGUCAGACUGGAAUAGUUCAGCUCAAUGUCUCAGAAAGGGUCCAGAUGCCGACAGUAAGUCUUGUCUUGAGAUAGAAGUAAAAAAUGAGCACAGUUACUCCAGCAGGUGUCUCACAGAGAGAGAUACAAAGGAGGGUAACUAUGAUCCUUUUGAUGGUAACCAGAACUCAGAUACAGAUCCUAGAACUCAGAAAAUCAGAAAUGAUAAAAUUCCUAGACACGAAUAUGACUCUGACAGCAACUUUAAAUCUUUGGAAAUCAGGAGACACAGUUUGGAUUUGUGCCCAACAGUUUCCACCACAGGACUGGAGUCAGAUAAUCCCUCAGAGCAGGGAAAACUAACUCAGACUGUAAAGUCAUGCUUAACUUUAGCGAGCCCAGAAGAAAAUGUAUCUGAUUUUGAUCCGUCUAAUCAGAAAUAUUUUUAUUAUUCCUGCCUACAAAAAGACAUUGAUGUAAUUCACAAAACCUUUGGUUUCACAUGUGGUUCUUCUGGCCACUCGGAUCAAUCAGAUGAUUUGAGUGAUGGGUGUGAGGCUGACGUUCUUUUCAUUUCGGGCCAGAAUUCUUUGAAGCAUCACUCUGAUACAGAUAAUUCUCAGCAGGAUUUUUUGCUGGACACAAAUACAAAACCUGCUGAGAGGAAUGGACACGAAAUAAAGGAUGUUAGUUCCAGUGAGAGUUACCAAAAAAAUCAAAGGAAUAAUGGAUUGUCUACUGAAGAGGUUAAACUAAACUUCACCCGGAAAAGCCCCAACUACCAGACCGAAAGUUUUGAGUCUGUCACUAAAGAUCAAAGCAGCAAUGAGUCUCGGACACUUCAGGGAAGUGAUAUGACAGAGGUUUCCAAACUAAAUGAAGAUGAGAACAUCAACUCAAAGCCAGUGUCAACCUGUUCAAGUCUGAUUGUGCCUAGUUUUGUUCAAGUGUCUGUCCAACCGACCUUGACUGCAUGUGUAUCUUCCAGCUCGUCAGGCAACAUGCCAACCGAGAAGCCAGCUAGUGCCUCGUCUCCUGCUCACCACCCUUUUCAGUGCUCUCUCUGCGAUCGUUCCUUCAGCCAGCGAGGCUCUCUAAAUCGACACGUACGGAGCCACCUGGGUGUACGGCCUUUUUCCUGCCCCUUUUGCACCAUGACUUUUUCCCGUCAGUACCGUGUCACGGAGCAUAUGCGUGUUCACCAACGCUGCGCACUUGGAACUGACUUUCAAAAAAACAGAUGACUCUUUUUCUAUUUUUUUAAGGACAUUAAAACAACAUGAGCUGAUCCUCUCAUGGUAUGAACCUUCCCAAAGCUUGUGCACACAUUUUUCCUGAGAUUUUUUUUUUUUUUUUGAGUCUGCAAAGUGGUUUGUUUGGUCAAUUUCAGUGAAAAACGUCCUAGAUUUGUCAUGAAAAUGUUGUGGUUUAAGGGAGGAGAUUACCUUGUACAAAAGUGUAAAAAAAAAGUUUGCAAAUGCAAAUUGCAGUGGCAGCGGUACAGGAGGACAAGGGGCCCCACAAUUGCCGAAUCAAUUUUCGAAUCAAUCUUUUUAACCAUUGCAAAAAUAAGAUAAAACAUUUAAAAUAAAAUAAAACAUUAGUAAUGGUACAACUGUAAUAGUUUUUUUUAAUCUUUUCAUCUAUAAUUGUCUUUCACUUUUUUCACCCUGCCCAGGUUUUUCUGUUCUGACAAUAGCCAGUCUGACAAUAACCCCUGACAAAUUUUGAUAAUAACUACAGAUACUGGCAGCUACUUUAUGUCAAAUAUUACAAAAUUCCCAGUAACACUACUCACGUUGCACCAAAUUACUGUAAAUAUCCACCAAGUAAAAAAUUUAGAACGUAAUUUUAGUUAUAUAUUUAGUCUUUCCUGAAUAUUGUAACUGGAUAUUUUUGAUAUUGUAAAUAAGGUCCAAAAGCGAUUUUUAGGUUACCUACAUAUAGCAGCAUUACAGAUUCAUAACAUUUUUUAAUUGCUUUGCUCUUAUUUCGUAUUUCAUUCAUUAACCUUAGUCAGAUUCAUGUUUUGCAAUCCAAUCGUUUUAUUAUCAGUGUACCUCCAUUCCAUUUUCAUUACAUUAUUGGACUUAUAAGCCUGUACUACUACCUUUUUUUUUAAACAGAAAGUGUCACUACGAAUGCCCAUAUUCUUCUCUUUAAAGGAGGUUGCAAUGCAUGUUGUGAGUUUGCUGUGAAGUCUUUGCACAAAGCAAAGACACAAAGGUUGUGUAAAUGCUCAUGUGUUAAAGAAACCACACCUCUGAAAGGGUGGUUUGCUUGCAGAAGUGCAUCAAUAAAUGCCUAAAGAUGGGAAAUAUGUCUUGACUGUCAGACAAAUGAUCAGGAAAUGUCUUAAUUUUAUAGUUUAUAAAUUGUUCACCACUCUAUAAAAUAACGGUGGAAAGCUAAUGAUUCUAUCAGGAUUACAAAUCAAUUUUCUACUUUUUGAAAUGCAGUUAAAGAAAAUAUUGUUUUAAGGAACUUGCAAACACUGGUACAAAACACUUAAGAUUAAAUAAGAAAUAUAAAUUUAUUUUGGAAAAAAAAAGAGCAAGCAAGAAAGUAGUAAGUAAUUUGUCAAAACUAAUAAGGAUUUUAAAUCCUUAGGUUCAAACGGCAGUUGUAUGGGGGACACUGACACUGAUAGAUCUUGACAUUGGAGUUCACCUUUAAUAUCUUUGGAGGUUGUUCUGGGUUUUUUGGACACCAAUGGUCUCAUUGGUCUUUUCAGUUUGUCACAGAUUUGUCCUUUUGUCACGUAGUUGACUGGAGAGUCCUGUGGACUUGAACUGACAGGGUGAAGAUAAAGAAUGUGCUGUUCCAAAAAUAAAUAAAUAAACUGCAAAGGCAGUCCAAACUUUUCAUAAUCAUUUUCAAAAGUUACUUUUCAGCACAUCCCGUCAGGGUUCACCACAGUGAAACAACUUUCACUGAAUUGCACGGGUAGUUUGGCCAGCACAGGCUUAGUUUAGUCCCUUUGUGACUACAAUAUUAUGCAGUAGGCAUGACAGGUCUUAGGAUCCACACUUAAAAAGAUUUGAUAAAAUAGAAAAAGACAGUAUUUUUUAUAUUCCCUAUAUUAUUUGUUUUGAAGUUUUGCAAAUUUGUCUCCCUUCCUAGGAAGGGAAAAAGGAGUGCAAAAGAGAUUUUAGAAGGAAAAAGAGCUAGAUGAUUGAAAACAUUGUUUUCAAAUAUUAAACAGUUUCUUUGCAA